AUGAGCAACGUAACUUCGCCGUGGUGGAAACAAUGGGAUCCUGAUACUGUCACCAUUUCCGAUCCUUCAGUUGAUGAUGUGUGGAAGAUCUGUGUUCUCGAGGGUGUUUAUUUCGGUGGAAAUGAAUAUAAUGGUAAUUUAGGAGCCAGAAUAUCCUCCGUUUUCGUAAUCCUUUUCGUGAGUACUUUUUUCACCAUGUUCCCAUUGAUUUCGAAGAAAGUGAAAAAAUUGAGAAUUCCGUUAUAUGCCUACCUUUUUGCCAAAUAUUUUGGUUCUGGUGUUAUUCUCGCCACUGCGUUCAUUCAUUUGAUGGAUCCCGCAUAUGGAGCCAUCGGUGGUAAUACUUGUGUUGGACAAACUGGUAACUGGGGUAUUUAUUCAUGGUGUCCUGCCAUUAUGUUGACAAGUUUGACUUUCACUUUCCUUACUGACCUGUUCAGUAGUGUCUGGGUCGAAAGAAAGUAUGGUGUCUCCCACGACCAUACCCAUGAUGAAAUCAAAGACACUGUUGUGAAUGAUGCCGCAGUAUGUUCAACCGAACAUGGUACAGCCAGUGGAUCUCAUGAGUCCAAGAAUGGUGUAGAAUAUUUCGAAGAGUCGGAUGCUUCGUCCAUGGAUGUUGUCCAAUCAUUCCAAGCUCAGUUUUACGCCUUUUUGAUCUUGGAAUUCGGUGUGAUCUUCCACUCUGUGAUGAUCGGUUUGAAUCUGGGAAGUGUCGGUGAAGAAUUUUCUACCCUGUAUCCUGUUUUAGUGUUCCAUCAAUCUUUUGAAGGUUUGGGUAUCGGUGCAAGAUUAUCGGCCAUCGAAUUUCCCAGAUCAAAAAGAUGGUGGCCAUGGGCUCUGUGUGUCGCCUACGGGUUGACCACUCCUAUCUGUGUCGCCAUCGGUUUGGGUGUUCGUACCAGAUACAAUAGUGGUUCUUACACUGCUCUAGUGGUUUCUGGUAUCUUGGAUGCUAUUUCUGCUGGUAUCUUGCUUUACACAGGUCUGGUUGAACUGCUAGCAAGAGACUUUAUAUUCAAUCCUGACAGAACAAAGAACCUGAAAGAGUUGUCUUUCAAUGUGCUAUGUACUCUUUUCGGUGCUGGUAUCAUGGCUUUGAUUGGUAAAUGGGCUUGA